CAUUCUCCUGCCUUCUCCCUAUAAUCCUCAACCCACUUACUAAUCAAGAAUCCAUCAAUCAUUGCGGCAAGUACGCCCAGUCGUUUGUCCUCCACAGUCCUCUGUGACAACAAAUUCACCACCAACUGGCUGAAUAAGUUUCUCCUCAUCUCAGUUCUAAAAGGACAUCCCUGUAUUCCGAGGCUGUCCCCUUACUUUCUAGAGUCUGGUGAGCAAAGAGGAAGAUAGAAAUGUAGUGAUGUGCUCAAACUGGGUUAGCAAUUUACAGUAUGAUUACAAAAGUUACUUCACUAUUGCUAAGAUCCAAAAUUUCAUCUGAUUUGAUAACGAAUAAAUUCCUCCUAGUAACAUUGGAUUUUCUCUUGGGCUAUAAUGUUAAUGUGCCUGGUUCAAGAAAUAAUACAUUUUAUAACAGUAAUGCUGAUCUGUAAACAGACUGUCUAGAAUACAUUUCUACUCCACAGCAGGUAUCCUGUGGAAACCAGUGUUAUGGCAGGUGAAAUCUUGCAGCCUUCGGGUACUGUACUUGGCGGUUGCACAGUGACGCUAGGACCCAGAGGGCCGGCGCUCUGCUGCAUUAGGUGAAGCUAUGUCAUUCCUCUCAUUCCGUUGUGAAUGGGGCUGAUUGUUGUUGGCUGGCGCUGCUCUCAAGCUGAAGCCUUUUCCCCUUCCAUCAGCCCCUCGGCUCAAUUCGGUUCGUUGGUCUUUCUCUCUCGGUUGGGAAUGGGGGUUUGAUACCCGCAUCGAUAGUUCCUGCAAACUUUUGAGAAGCUUGAUUUUGGCCGAGGCAGCAGGGACACAUCUGCAGACCGAACAAGAAGGUUUGAGGAUUGCGCCGAAAGUUUCCAUCGAUUGCCGAUUCCUUUGAUGCUUAUUACCCUGGUACACCAUUUUGUCUAUUAGAACAAAAUGGGUAUCUAUAUGAACAGGGUUCUUAUGAAGAGAUUGAACUACGUCAUGCACAUUUUCCAUUAAAUAGAGAAGAAACUGAUGCAAGUGAAGAAGGUAAAGAGCUACUUUCCAGCCAUCCUCCUCAGGAACUCAUCAGGGCUCCGAAAUUUGAAAUGCGAGAUUCAGAAGAGGUAGCAACAGGAAAUGUUUUGCAGCGCUUAAUUCAGGAGCAUUUAAGGUAUGGGAAUCCAAAUGAGAACAUGAACUUACUGGCAAUACAACAGCAAGCCACGGGGAGUGCAGGACCAUCCAACAACAUUGGGAGCACGCACUCUUCUACAGAAAACCUUGUGCAGGAAGAUCUACAAAUGGUCCACCAGUCAGCACGCCAAGAACCUCAAGGGCAAGAGCAUCAGGUGGACAACACUGUGAUGGAGAAGCAGGCUCAACUCACUAUAGUGCAGCAGAAUAUUGAUGAGCUACCAACCUAUGAGGAAGCCAAAGCACAGUCUCAGUUCUUCAGAGGGCAGCAGCACACAACUAUUGCUUCUGGUUUAUAUGUUACCGGAGCCACCAGUCAGAAAGCAAAGACUGAGGGGAGACCUACAGUCAACCGAGUAAGCUCUGGGCAGGUGCACAAAGAUGAAGCACUAAAGGAACUUAAACAAGGUCAUGUUCGUUCACUUAGUGAGAGGUUAAUGCAACUUUCUCUGGAACGGAAUGGUGUAAAGUCACAUCCUGCUGUCUCAAGCAACAAUAUUCCUUCCCAACAAAGUAACAAAGUCUUCAAGAAUGGGGGACAACCAUCUUCACAGACCCCCACAAAAGGAGUAGAUUCAAGAGGUCCACCUCCAGAAUACCCUUUUAAAGUCAGGCAGAUAUUUUCAACACUUAAUCAAUCUCAAGAGCUUGGGCACUUCUACAAUGAUGCACCCUCAGGAAUUCUUCAGGAAUUGCCAAAACCAUAUACUGGCACUCUUGCCAUUAGACAGGAAGCAACCAUCCUACGCUACCAAUCACCACCAGAAUAUGGAUCGGCUAGGCAAUGCCAGGCAUUUUGUCAACCACAGCCAUUGCAGCACCACAGCCCCAUGUCUUCCCAGAGCUCACUGGAAAAAAAUCAGUUUCAGCUUGCAACAAUCCAGCCUGUUUCUCCCCAGCCACAGCCAGCAUCUGCCUCAAACCAACAAUUUUCCGUUGAUGCUGUUUCAAUUGUGGCACGUGCACAGCAGAUGGUGGAGAUGUUAUCAGAGGAAAACCGAGCCCUGCGCCAGGAACUGGAUGGUUUUUGUGAGAAAACUGCAAAGCUACAAAAGUUUGAAAUGGAAAUCCAGCGGAUCUCAGAAGCCCAUGAGAGUCUGGUAAAAUCCAGCACCAAGCGGGAGACUCUGGAUAAAGCCAUGAGGAACAAACUGGAGGGAGAAAUACGAAGAUUACAUGAUUUCAACAGGGACCUUAGAGAUCGCCUAGAGACUGCUAACAGGCAGAUAGCCAGCAGAGUGUACGAUGAAGCUGAAGAUGACAUGGCAACAGAGGGUCAUUACACCACUCAGAACAAAGAGUAUUUGAAGGAGAAGGAAAAGCUGGAAAUGGAACUAGCCACAGUGCAUUCAACCAAUGAGGAUCAGAGAAAACAUAUUGAAAUCUUGGAACAGGCACUGAACAAUGCCCAGGCCAAGGUGGUCAGAUUGGAGGAGGAGUUGAGGAAGAAACAGAUGUACGUGGAGAGGGUGGAAAGGCUGCAACAGGCCUUGGCACAGCUGCAGGCUGCAUGUGAAAAGCGGGAACAGAUGGAACGAAGGCUGCGCACGCGGCUGGAGAGAGAGCUGGAAUCUCUUCGAGUGCAACAGCGACAUGGUGGGCCCGUGAUGGCCAACGUUCCUGAGUACGAUACGCCAGCACUGAUGGAGUCAUUACGGGAAAAGGAGGAACGAAUCCUGGCCCUGGAGGCUGACAUGACCAAGUGGGAACAAAAGUAUUUGGAAGAAAGAGCAAUGCGACACUUUGCUAUGGAUGCUGCUGCUACAGCCGCUGCUCAGAGGGACACCACUAUAAUAAAUCACUCACCAAACAGCAGUUACAAUGACAGCUCACUAGAAGCACGAAGCUGGAAGGAGGAGGAGGAGAGAAUGCAAUCAAAUCAGAGAUACCAAGACACAGAACACAGGUUGGCAGAGAUAACAGGAUUCAACUGCAUUUCUAACAGAAUAAAAAACCUUCAUGCACAGCUUAUUGAGAAAGAUGCCAUGAUAAAAGUGCUCCAGCAGCGAUCUAGGAAAGACAUAGUAAAACCGGAAACCGGAUCUCUGAGGACUGGCAGGUCUAUCUCCACUAUAUCUGGGCUGCAUUCUCGCCAGACAUCUCUGAGCAAUUCUCAAAUAGCAGAUGGGAAAAAGGAGGAAAAGGGCUGGAAUGGAAGUGUAGUAGUUUCCACACACAGUAAGACUGGCAGUAAGGACAACAGUACGCAGACAGAUAAAAGUCCUGAAUUGAUCCGACCAAGCAGUGCUCCUAUCCAUGGAAGAAGGCGUCUCAACACAACCCCUGUCAGCAGCCCUGUUGUGAGACCUAAAUCAGCACGAAGCAAUGCUGAGAAAUCAGCAGAUGCUUCCAACUUGCAUACCCGGUCACAUGAUACUAAAGGAAGAAGUAGCUGCUUUUCCUACAAACCUGACCUUGAUGGUGAUGUGGUAGAAAUCCUCAUUUAAAAACAGGAUUUUGCCUACUACUGCUGCUGCUCAGUCUAUGGAUGUUUGAAGCUUGCACUAAAGACUCAAGAAUCACAAAUAUAUGGGUCUUCAGAAGUUGUGAAGAAUUGUUUUCAAAGAAGAUGGAUACUGUAUUGGAAACAGAUUUACUUGUCUCUGGGAAAUUGUGAAAUUGUUUGCGUGUCUGCACAUAUGCCAGAUGGAAUACGGUGUAAAUAAGUUUGAAGUGUAAAGAGCAAAGAGGAAGACAGAAGAUGAAAUGGAAAGUAUGAGGGCACAUAUGUCGGAAGGAAUGUGGUGUAAAUAAGUUUGAAAUUUAAAGAGCAAAGAGGAAGAAAGUAGAUGAGAUGGAAAGUAUGGGGUGGGCGUUUUUUAUUGUUGCAAUGUAUUUGAUGGAUCUGUUCAGCUCAAAUGAUAUGAGCUAGGAAUACAAUAUUCUGAGCAACAUGUUUCGUUGUAGUAUAUCUAUGCACUUCUCUUCCAUUCAUAGUGGAUCAAUGUUUUGUGGCUCUUUUGCACUUCUGAAUACAUGACCAUGUGUACAUGCUAGACAGUAUAAAGUAGCACCUUUAUUGCUUUUCAAUAAACCAUUCAAUUGUACAAAUAUUGAGAUAUUAAAAAGACAAUUGAAAAGGCACCAUACCAGGCUGCACUGUUGCAUUGUGUAAAUCUGCAUUUUGUCUACUUUAUAAUUUUUCUGUACUUUAUCAAAAAAUACAAUGCGUUAGGUUUUAAAUUUUAAGCUCAACAUAUCAUGAACAAGGAGUGUUCACUAUCAAAGCUCGCAACAGGAUCUGCACCAGCUGGAAAAUGGCAGAUGGAAUUGAAUACAGACAGGUGUGAGGUGUUGCACUUUGGGAGGACAAAACAGGGUAGGAGUUAUACAGUGAACUGUUGGGGAUUGAGGAAUGUGGUAGAACAGAGGGAUCUGGGAAUUAAGAUCCAUAAUUCUUUGAAAGUGGUGUCACAGGUAGAUAGGGUCGUUUAAGCAAAAUGGCACAUAGGCCUUCAU